GAAAUUUCUCACAAAGUUUCCUUGUAUCAUACUCUUUCAAUAAGAUAUCUUUCUUUUCCUUUCUUUUACUUUCUAUAUAAUGUACUGGAAGACGACUUGAACCAAACAUUACCAUUUUAUUCCAUCCUCAAUCCUGUUGAGGCUGAUGGCAGCCUUCAUCUUCGUCUUCCUCAUCCUCAUCUCUGAUAUCUUUCUGCAUGUUGUAGCUUUUGAUGCCACUUGCCCACCAGCCAAGUGUGGUGAUGGCGCUCCUGAUAUUCGGUUCCCUUUUCGACUCAAAGGCCAGCAGCCCCAACACUGCGGGUACCCAGGCUUCGAGCUGGUUUGCAAAGAAAACAGCACCAUGAUUCAGUUUCCAUCUUAUGGCGACUUGGUCAUACAAUCCAUAUCUUAUGACAUGAAAAAACUAAACCUUCUUGACCCGAAAAGCUGCGUCCAUGAGGUCUUUCUUAAUCUCAAUCUCUCUCUCACCCCCUUCCAGUAUUACUAUCAUGUCAAGAACUACACAUAUCUCAAUUGCUCAGCUCAGCUUUCGCCUUCUUUUGCACCAGUACCAUGCCUAAGUGGCUCCCAGUAUCAUGUCUAUACUGUCGAGUCUUCUCCGGCUUCUAGACUUUCUUGCAUGCCUAUGAAGACAAUUGCAAUCCCAUUUCCCUACAGUCCUUAUCUCUCUGAUAAUACCUUUGGUCUCGGGUUAACUUGGACCUUGCCUGGAUGCAAUGAGAAAGGAGGCCAUUGCAACUUGCAGUCUAAAACAGGGGAUCAGACCAGCUGUUUUAACAAAGGUUUUUCAAAUAAGCAUCUGGUUAUAGGCCUAAUCACUGGCAUCUUUGCUUUCAUUGUGGCAAUACUGAUAAGCAUAAAGAUCCAUAACUCCAAGAAACUGAAUGGUCAGAAGGAAAAAGAGAACCACCUCCAGGUUCAAAAGUCAUUGGGAGACUAUAAAGCCCUCAAGACUGCUGAAUAUUCAAUCAAGAUGGGUCUUCAUCAACCAGUUUAAAAGUCAUGGAAGUGAUUUCAAAGACGAGCAUCCAAUGGAGUUUAUGUUUAUUUUGAGUUGAUACCUGAAACAGUGGCAAUGAUGAUAAAGAAGUUCAUCAUCAUCACAAAGUAGAAGUCAAUGGCCACAGCUGUAAUAUCCCAUUCUACAGUAAGUCUGCUUUGACACAUUCAAGUCUCUGUCUUGUAUGUUGCAGGCGUAACUACACAAGAAAUUGAGAGGUACCAUUCUGAUUAGAUAAAAUGUAUUAAAAAUAAGCUUAGUAUAAUUAAUUCAGGUGUAUGAUUAAUGUGAAGUGUGACCCAUUUUGGAUAAAGUUACAACUUUAUCUUUUCAA